CUCCUUACUUUAAUUCAAAAGCUCAUCAAGAUUUUCUAAUUUCAUCUCACCUUUUUGUCUUUUACCCUCCCUCCCUCUUUCCUUCAGUCUUUGCUCAAUACUUGUAUUCCUCUCUCUCUCUCUCUCCUCUCUUUCUCUCACACACACUCUCACACUUUCACUCACACACACAGUGUCCCACAUUCUAAAUCUAGGGUUUCAUUUCCCCUUGUUCUUUUUUCUUUUGAUAUGCUCGUAGUUUGAAUUGCUGUUGGAUUUCACAGCGCAUAAAUUCAAGUGGGGUAGGUAGUAGUUUAUAUGGGUUUUCUGCAUUUUCACAACAAGCUUUGAUCUUUGUUCUUGGCGUUCAAUCGGUUUCAAGAUUCAAUUUUUUUUCGAUUCUUGGAUAACCCUUUUGUUACUGUCACGGUUUCAGAUUUGCAAAUUGCGCCUUAAAAGGGGGGCUUAAGGACUGUUUUUUAGUGUGGAGAAUUGACAGUAGUUCAAUUGUGGGUUUUUUCUUGACAAGUAAAUGAAUGGAUGGGAGAGAAGGCAUGACAUUACAAGGGCCGGCAGCUUCGUAUUACAACAAUAGAGGAGGGUUUGGUGGGUCUGUUAAUUCCGGGCCUAGCGGAAAUAUUCAUGGCUCCGGCGGCGGUGGUGGUGGUGGUGGCUCAGCCAACCCACAGGGUGGUGGUGGUGUGAUGCACGCGCCGCCAGUUUUCAAGAAUCUGUCGAAUCCAAACAUCUCACUGCAUCCCCAUGUAGGGAUCAGUGGUGGAAGUGGCUCGGCGUUCCGUGUGGAAAACCCGUCGCCGAAUUUUUCUCAUGGAAUGAGUAGCAUGGCUGUUGCGCCGAGUGGGUCCCGCUCGGGCGGAGAAACGGUGAAGAAGAAGAGGGGUAGGCCUAGGAAGUAUGUACCCGAUGGAGGAGCUAAUAUGUCGUUAGGGCUGUCCCCUGUUUCUGCCGCCACUCCCUCGUCUGAGCGGAUUGCCUCAGGGGAGAGAGCACGAAAGGGGCGGCCGCCUGGCACAGGGUGGAAACAGAAACUCGCUCCUCUUGGCGAAUGGAUGAACGCCUCGGCGGGACUAGCAUUUACACCACAUGUACUACACGUUGAAGUUGGAGAGGAUAUUGCUGCAAAAAUACUAGCAUUUGCACAACAGAGACCGAGAUGUUUAUGCAUCAUGUCAGGUAGCGGAUCGGUUUCGUCGGUGACGCUACGCCAGCCCACGGCUUCUGGUUCCAACAUCACAUUUGAGGGUCGUUUUGAGAUACUGUGCUUGUCCGGUUCGUACUUGCUCUCGGAAAGUGGUGGGCCCCGCAAUCGGACAGGUGGCAUCAGCAUCUCUGUGUGUAGUCCUGACGGCCAUAUGAUUGGAGGUGCAAUUGGCGGUAGUCUUAUUGCAGCAAACCCUGUGCAGGUGGUUGCAUGCAGCUUUGUGUACGGCAGUGCAAAGGCGAAAAACAAAACCGAGUCGGGAGAAACAGACGAAAAAUAUCUUCUAGAACAAUCCGGUGAAAAGUCUUCUGCUAGUCAAACUCUCACUCCCCACUCCGGACCAAGUGGUUGGCCGCCCGGUUUACGACCGGGUAUCAGAAAUCCCGAGGCGGAGUUUGACCUAACUCGUGGAUGAUGAGAAACACUCACACAUGGCGGGCGGUUUUUUUUGUAUAAAUAUGCGUAUGAAUUUGUGCUAACUUAUAUCAUCAUGUAACAAAAUAUCGCUCCUUAGAAUUUUUAAGAAAAAUUAGCAAUUGGUAGAGAAUUUUAUGGUGGUUAUUGUAAUAGGUCUAGUAUGUUGUUGUAAUUGGUCAAGUGUUAUCUUGUAGAAGAAAUUGUUUUAGUAAAUUGGCGGAAUUUGUUCGUCUUUAUUCGUCGGUACUUUGGGCGGAACCCUAAUAGUGAAAAAUCCGUGAGCAUUUCGGCUAUA